CCCAACACUGCUGGUGGGGACACUCAGCCCAACACUGCUGGUGGGGACACUCAGCCCAACACUGCUGGUGUGGGACUCUCAGCCCAACACUGCUGGUGUGGGACUCUCAGCCCAACACUGCUGGUGUGGGACUCUCAGCCCAACACUGCUGGUGUGGGACUCUCAGCCCAACACUGCUGGUGGAGGGACUCUCAGCCCAACACUGCUGGUGGGGGACUCUCAGCCCAACACUGCUGGUGGGGACUCUCAGCCCAACACUGCUGGUGUGGGACUCUCAGCCCAACACUGCUGGUGGAGGGACUCUCAGCCCAACACUGCUGGUGUGGGACUCUCAGCCAAACACUGCUGGUGGGGGACUCUCAGCCCAACACUGCUGGUGGGGGACUCUCAGCCAAACACUGCUGGUGGGGGACUCUCAGCCCAACACUGCUGGUGUGGGACUCUCAGCCCAACACUGCUGGUGGAGGGACUCUCAGCCCAACACUGCUGGUGGGGACUCUCAGCCCAACACUGCUGGUGUGGGACUCUCAGCCCAACACUGUUGGUGGGGGGGACUCAGCCCAACACUGCUGGUGGGGGGACACUCAGCCCAACACUGCUGGUGGGGACUCUCAGCCCAACACUGCUGGUGUGGGGUGUGGGACUCUCAGCCCAACACUGCUGGUGGAGGGACUCUCAGCCCAACACUGCUGGUGGGGGGACUCUCAGCCCAACACUGCUGGUGGGGGGACUCUCAGCCCAACACUGCUGGUGGGGGGACUCUCAGCCCAACAUUGCUGGUGUGGGACUCUCAGCCCAACACUGCUGGUGUGGGACUCUCAGCCCAACACUGCUGGUGGGGGGACUCUCAGCCCAACACUGCUGGUGGAGGGACUCUCAGCCCAACACUGCUG